UAGUGUAUAUUUUGAUGGAGUCAAUUUUCAGCCCUGAAAUUUGAAAGAGUUAUUUUUUUCCCGAAUGAACGAGAAAAAAGCCGAAGACAUCGAGGCCCCCGUUAAACCACCAAAAGAUGGCGAAGUUCCAUAUAUUGUGGCAGAAAAACCAGCUGGAAACGAAAAACGGAAAAAUGCUACGAAAGAAGGAGAGCAUAGCAGGUCGCUUGACGAGCAAGUGAAACAUUUGGAGCGCAAAAUUCGCGCGUACAGCAAAGCUAAAGACAAAGUUAAUGAAGGAGAAGCUCUGAGUAGCUUAGGAAUAUUGUAUUACAAGGCAAACAGAUUUGCUGAGGCUAAGAGCUGUCAUGAAAGACAUCUUAACUUAGCUAGAGCCAUUCAAAAUAAACGCGCCGAAAAGAGAGCAUACUGUAAUCUGGGUUGCACGUAUCGAAGGAUUGGUGACUUAGAUAAAGCUGUUGAAUGUUACGAGCAGGGCCUAAGACUUGUAAAGGAGCUGGAAGAUAGACUCGGUGAAGCAAAACUCUUGAAUAACCUUGGAAAUAUUUUUGAGCAGCGCUGUGACUUUGACCAAGCGGUGUACUGUCAUCAAAAACGUCUGAAUGUCGCCAAGGAGUUGAAAGAUUUAGAUGGCGAAAGCAAAGCUUGUGCGAGUUUGGGAAAUAUCUAUCAUUUACUGGGAAAUAUUCGAGAAAGUAUCAACUAUUACGAAAAGCUGGUGGCAUGCUUAAAGUACAAGCUGGCCAUGCAAGAAAAGAAAUCGAAAAGCGAGGAGAGUUCAGAGGAGUGCUCUGUGCCUGGUAGCUCUUCAAAUAAAAUGGGAGAUGACUCUAAAAAGUCACGAGCGAAGAGUGGAGACGAGCUUGAUGAACAAGGUAGUAACAGUAGUAAGAGUAGUGGUGGCAGGAGUGGGAGCGGAAGUGGCAAGGGGUCUUCUGUUCCCUGAAGAAGAGACAGUGCAGCAUAAUGAUCUCGCUUCUCAACUUGAUGGGUCAGCCCGUGCCGAGCUGACAGUGGAGUUGAAGCUCCUGAUUUUCAAACAAAUUCUCUUAGCCAGUGUGAUGGGAAAUGUAAAGAGAACCCUAUGGAAAAUAUAUGACUACCAAAUUGAAUGUAAUUUCGUUAAGGGUGAACUCGACCAAAACAAAUCCCAAGUUACUGGUUCGUACACCAACAGGAUCAUUUAUCGCCUCGCGUAAAUGUAAAUAAGAAUGUGGCUAGGAAUUAAAGAACUAGAAAUAGGACUAAAGUGGACUCAGUACUAUCCUAAACGACUACACUACGAGCAGUCCCAUCAAGCGAGCACUACAAUUCAGUGAAUAAAUUGAUUUUAGCAGGCCGCGCGGAUUUCGGGGAAUGAGGUUUAAUGAAAGUGGUGCUCGCUCCCAGAGUUCCGCGCGGCGCACUAAAAUGGUUUUUUUUCGCUGACUUUUUUACUCGCACGACUUACUUCGCCGAAAGGGAGGGACUGCUCGUUGUCUUCUUAACGACGGAAUUCAACCAUAGAGGUCAUGAGCGCAAUGAUGUACGCGGUAACAGAGACACGAUCUUCAAACUUAUUUUCAGCUCUUUCCCAAAAACACUGUAGCUUGGACAAUAUUCUAUAAAUUUGUUUGGAAAGGAAUACAAGACAAGUCAACCAGUUCAGAAUUGCACUUAACUCCAAGACAACGAUAGCCCUUAAUAUCCAAGAAGACCACUUUCCUUUAUAAGUAAUCAAUCUUUAAUUGUUUUUGCCUAAAAUCAACGUAUGAAUGUUUUAAAUUUUACAAUAUUCAUUCCUGUAUAUGAAGUUUUAUCUAACAAGCAGUCGUAUAAAGAUACAAAUCAUAGUCACAGGCUUCCCUGAAACACAAGCAAGCAAAAUUAUAUAUUUCUUAGUAACGCUGUUCCAGACAUGGAUAUUUCAGUCGUUGCAAAAUUCCUUCAAAUCUAUGGCUGACUCGCUCUCAACAAUUUUAAAAUACUACUGAAAAAAAUUCAGCAUUACUAAAUCGAUAAUGUGUCAUCUAACUAAGAGCUAUCCUAUGCCUUUUCUUCAAAACAAAAAAGACAACAAAUUGCAAGCCUUAAAAUAAGAAAAGUUUGCAGCCCCAAAGUUCAAAACUUAAUUGUACAAGGCUGCAUAAAUAACAAAUAAUUGUACUAGAGGUAUUUGCACAGACAACUGAGUUUAUGGGGAAACUCUGUACGUUAGAUCUGCAACAGAGUCAACGUAUGGUUACAAACAUUACCAUGGUUACCUUUAACAUGGUAACUGCAAACCUCAUCUCAAAACUGACCUUCAAAAGAGAUCAUUAAGUAAAUUAGUGUAUUUUGACUGAAUGCCGUAAGACCAAAACCGAAAUGUUUACAACAGCCAAUCAGAAUAAAGGAAAAAGGUCACAAGCAACCAACGAACUGCUCCGAGCGCGGGAAAACAUGGGCAACCAAGUUUCCUUCACCAAUCACAUAUCGAGGUAAAGCAAAACCAAAGCUAUCCCGGAUUACUUUUGACUCUCGAUUGAAAAUUGCUCUAUGAAUACAUUGUAAGUAGACGGGUUAUAGCAAUAAAAAGGUUUCCUAGUAUUGUC